AUAUAAUAUACGUAAACCCAUUUUAUAUUGUUUGUUAUUAUUACCAUGAGUGAACCCACAGUGACCCUUUUUGUUUUCUUGAAAGAAAAUACUCAUUUCUUGUCAAUAAUACUAGAAGAGAAAAUCUCAAGAUUCCACAGCUAAAACAAGUUUUUUUUUUUUUUUUUUUUUAUUGUUAUUAUAUAUUUUUCUGGGUCUACUCUUUUUUUUUGUUAUGUAUUUUAAGAGGUGAGAUUGACAGGCAGAUCCCACCGAAAUAAAUUAAUAAAUUCACCACAUACCCAUCUUCAUAAAAACCCCUCAGAAUUCACCUUCAUUUUUUUUUUCUUGUGAUAUAAUUCAUCAAGCUGUAAUUUGCUACUUCUUGCUAAACAGAAGCGGAGAGAAAGAUAACGCGAUAAUCAUCUUUUGAAAUUGAAGAGAUGCUAGGAGUUUCGGGCAUCAUAAGUGAUGGUGAUGGUACUGGAGGUGAAAAUCCAGAAAGCGGUGGAGGCGGAGCAACAAGUGGAGGAAGUAGUGAGAUUGGACUUGGCGGUGGCGGUGGUAGUAGCAGUGGUGGAUUCAUGAUUGAAGAAGGCGAAAAAAAUUCUGGAGGAAAUAGAUGGCCAAGACAAGAAACAAUUGCUUUGCUCAAAAUAAGGUCAGAGAUGGACCAUGUGUUUAGGGACUCAAGUCUUAAAGGACCCUUAUGGGAAGAAGUUUCCAGGAAAAUGGCUGACCUUGGGUAUCACAGAAGUUCCAAGAAAUGUAAGGAGAAAUUCGAAAAUGUUUACAAGUAUCACAAGAGAACCAAAGAUGGCCGUGCAUCUAAGGCGGAUGGCAAAAGUUAUCGUUUUUUUGAACAAUUGGAGGCGCUUGAAAACACACAGUCUCAUCACUCGUUAUUGCCACCGUCUAAUUCGCGUCCCCCACCGCCUCCAUUGGAAGCUACUCCUAUAAAUAUGGCUAUGCCAAUGCCAACAUCAAAUGUACAAGUCCAAGCUUCACAAGGUACUGGUACUCCUCAUCUUGUUACUGUUUCAUCCACACCACCACCACCACCACCAAAUAUUCCUUUUGCGCCUUCUCAUCAAAAUGUUCAGUUGAGUUCUCCUGUGGCACCGUCAUCACAACCAGCUGUCAAUCCGAUUAAUAAUAUUCCUCAUCAAGUGAAUGCGAAUCUGCCAGCUCAUCAGAAUAUUUCGGCAAUGUCGUAUUCAACUUCUUCGUCCACUUCCUCGGAUGAGGAUAUACAAAGAAGGCAUAAGAAGAAGAGGAAAUGGAAGGAUUAUUUUGAGAAGUUUACGAAGGAUGUGAUUAAUAAGCAGGAGGAAUCACAAAGGAAGUUCUUGGAGAAGUUUGAGCAGAAGGAACGCGAUCGGAUGGUUAGAGAAGAAACAUGGAAAGCACAAGAAAUGGCAAGACUGAAUAGAGAACAUGAUCUUUUAGUCCAAGAAAGAGCAAUGGCAGCAGCCAAAGAUGCAGCAGUUAUUUCUUUUUUACAGAAGAUAACUGAACAGAAAAACAUCCAAAUUCCAAAUAGUAUCAAUGUUGCUCUUCCAUCAGCACAAGUACAAUUACAAAUGCCCGAAAACCCACCUCCUGCCCCCGCACCAACACAUUCUCCUCAACCGCAACAACAGACACAACCGACUGUUGUAAUAUCACCAGCACCUCAACCAUCACCAGCACUCGUGGUCCCGGUAUCGUUGCCAAUGACGAUACCAGCUCCAGCACCAGCAUUAAUGCAGUCGCUGCCACUGACACCACCAGUACCAGCCAAGAACGUUGAACUAGCGCCAAAAAAUGACAACGGAGGCGAGAGUCACAGUCCAGCAAGCUCUUCAAGGUGGCCUAAAGCAGAAGUUGAAUCAUUGAUAAAACUUCGAACAAACUUAGAUAUGAAGUACCAAGAAAACGGACCGAAAGGUCCGCUCUGGGAAGAGAUAUCAUCUUCAAUGAAGAAAAUUGGAUACAACCGUAAUGCCAAGAGGUGCAAAGAGAAAUGGGAGAACAUCAACAAGUACUUCAAGAAAGUGAAAGAGAGCAGCAAGAAAAGACCAGAAGAUUCCAAGACUUGCCCAUAUUUCCAUAUGCUCGACGCAUUAUACAAGGAGAAAGCCAAGAACGAAACUUCAUCAUUAACAAGUGGCUUCCCGUUAAACCCUGAAAACAACCCAAUGGAACCCAUCAUGGCUCGUCCAGAACAACAGUGGCCUCUUCCACGACAUCAUCAGCAACACCAACACCACCAACAACAUGAAAGUAGCCGAAUGGACCAUGAUCAUGACCACGAGAGUGACAACAUGGACGAAGAUGAUCAUGAUGAUGAGGAUGAGGAUGAAGACGAGGAGAAUGCAUAUGAAAUAGUGGCAAACAAGCAACAACCCUCAAUGGCGAGCGCCAACACAACCACCACCACUGCGACCACAACAGUUUGAACUCUAGCACAGAUCUCAAAAUGUAGUAAUCAAGAAAGAAGUGGGGGCAGAAAGAGCUCAAGUUUUUUUUUUAAAAUAAGGAAAAAAUAUAGUGGGCAAGUAAGUGAACAUUGGGAAUAGCAAAUGGGUCAACAGAUUCUUGCAGAGAAAAUGUCAGAUUGGAUCAGAUUUUCAGAAAAUUCCGGUUGGUGUGAGAAGACGGUGACUGAAUAUGUAGCUCACUUGGAGGCAAAAUGUGAAGGGAAUUUAAACAUCACUUCACAACUUUUAUUUCAUAUUUUUUUUUUGUUGAAACUCUUUGGUUGGGGUAUGGGGGUUUGGGGGAGGUGGGGGGGGGGGGUAAGGGGAGGUGUUGGUAAGGGUAUAGCGUAGCUUUUGGUGGUAUAAGUUUAUUUGCACUUUAAAUUGUUUAUUUAUUAAUCAUCAAAAAUAAAGUUUAUUGAGGGGGAAGGGAAAGAGGAGAAAAAAAGGUUAUAAAAGGAAGAUUUUUAAAGGAAUAAAUGAAGGUGACAAAGUUUGUAAUUUUUUUUGAUGAACUCUUUUUGUUCAUGGGUGUAAAUGUGAGAAAUGGUUAAGUAGAAUUACAUUCUUUUC